UUCAACGUCGUCGUAAAAUGUUGAGAAGAUCAGAGCACGUGUCUGUGGGUACGAAUGGUGGGGGGAAGACGAUUCCUUCGGUAUAUACAUCAUAGUAGACUCUCAAGAAGUAUAUAAGGAACCGGCACAUCGACGAUAGAUUCACAAUUACCCUCAGGAACGUUCCCAAGUGCACAAAUUCCAGGGGGGAAGUUAAAAUCAAGCAGAAAAAUAAAAUUUUCUUUCGCUCUUUUCCAAAAUCGAGGAGAUUUAAAAAUGGGAUCGCACUACGCGCUCACGGUGAUGGCCAUCGUGGGAACCUGCUACGCUGCGAGGCUCGAAAAUACUUAUCUGCCUCCUGGAAGUGCAGCCGGAGCCGGGGGCGGUGGAUUAAUCUCUGGACCGAAUAGACCUGGAGGCGGUGGGCCAGGACGACCAGGAGGUGGAUUCGGAGGUCCGGGGGGUCCUGGAGGGAGACCCGGAGGUUCCGCUGGAUUGCCAAGUGGUGGCGGAGGCGGAGGAGGACGUCCAGGCGGCCAGGGGGGUGGCUCCGGAGGCCCGCCGAUCCCGAUCGUCUCCUUCGACAGUGAAAACAACGGCGACGGAAAUUACCGCUUCAGUUACGAAACCGGAAAUGGCAUAAGUGCCCAGGAAACCGGGCAAACUCAAGGCGACACGGAAUCCGUGAGCGGCUCGUACUCUUACACAGGACCCGACGGAGUCCAGUACACGGUCACGUACACCGCCGACGCGGACGGUUUCCACGCCGAGGGUGCCCAUUUACCGACCCCUCCGCCAAUUCCACCGGAAAUUCAAAGAGGCGUCGAAUUGUCACUCGCUGCUGAGGCGCGAGGCGAGAACCAGGAUGGCUCGUACUCCGGUGAAGGGGCUGGUCAAGGCGGGGGCGGGCGUGGCUCCGGUUUCGGAGGCGGCGGCCGAGGCAACGCUGGCACCGCUGGCUCGUACCAAGGACCAAACUCCUACCAGGCCAGCUCGAAGGGAUACCAGUACUGAAGGGCCUGAAAAAAGGGAGGAAAAACGUCCAAACAUUUACACCUCAUGCAGCAGAAACGGAAAAGCCUCAGUCCGAUGAACACAAUAUUUAACGUACACAAAGACAAAAAUGAAAUUAACAAAAGACAGAAAAAUACUCACUCAAAGCUUAUGUACAUAACAAUCAAUGUGAAUCGCUGUAAACAAUUGUUUUUUUUUUAUAUUAUUUAUAAAGACGAAAUGUGGAGAAA